AGAUGCUCUAACAAUACCUACGUCUAUUUUAACAUCGACUUGCUCUAACAAUAGCCGCAUCUAUCUUGACAUCGUCGUUAGACUUGCUCUCAAGUACUUCGAGUUCGGCUCACAUUUAACCUUUGAGGCGUUUUGGUGUUGGGAAAACGGUGAAAUUAACCCAAGCAUAAACCAUGAUGGACAAUGUGCCGGAAAUGCGUGAUGUUGUCGGCGUGGAUGAGGAGGAUGACACCGGCGAAGAAGAAUCAGGUGAAAGCAUAGGGAGUAAAAAGCAGCGAGUAAAGGGGCCGUGGUCAGAAAAUGAAGAUGCUAUACUAAGUCAUAUCGUGGGGAGUUUUGGGGCCAGGAAUUGGAGUUUGAUCGCGAAAGGAAUACCGGGAAGAUCAGGAAAGUCAUGUCGUUUAAGAUGGUGCAAUCAGCUUCAUCCUGCCCUCAAGCGCAAACCCUUUACUGAUGAAGAAGAUCGACUCAUACUUCAAGCCCAUUCCAUUCACGGAAACAAAUGGGCAUCUAUUGCUAGACUUCUGCCGGGAAGAACAGACAAUGCUAUCAAGAACCACUGGAAUUCUACCCUGAGGCGCCGGGGCAUUGAACUUGGCAAGUCGAUGUUUGAGCGUGGUAACUGGCUUGAAGAUGCUAGUGGAGACGAAUCAAAAGUAUCAUCAGAAGAGACACUGUCAUGUGGGGAUGUAAAUUCAUCCAAGUCCUUGGAGGGGAAAAAUGUCAACUCCUUGGAAACGGAUGGUAAGAGUGCAGACGAUGUUCAAACAGAAUAUCAGUUAUGUAACGAAGCCAGAUAUCCACGUACGGUUUUCCAACCUGUUCCUCGUAUUAGUGCAUUUAGCAUAUAUAACCCUUUGGAUGGCCCAGAACCUCUGGUGCAGCACAGAAGGGUGACUUGCUCUCAGAAAGUGAUUCUUCCCCCAAAACCGGAUGCUGUAAUAGGUAAAUUGCUGGAAGGAAGUUAUGGUGAGCGAUUGGUGCCUCGCCAAUGUGGCUAUGGUUGCUGUGGUACAUCAACUAAGAAAAUGUCCAAAAGCUCUUUCUUGGGGCCUGAAUUUUCUGAUUAUGAAGAACCCAUAUCCUUUCCUAGUCAUGAAUUGGCUGGAUUGGCUGCAGAGAUAAGCAAUAUUGCUUGGCUUAAAAGUGGAUUAGAUAAUAGCAACAUAAAAGCCCCUGAUCAUGAAAGUGGCUGGUCGAUGAUCUCUAGAGGAUAUCACGUGCAAAGGGGACAUAUUGACAAGAGCAAAAAUAAUGUCCAUUCACAAACAUAAGGGAGAAUUUACCAACUGACACGUUGACCGGUAUUUCCAACUUUUAAUAUUAGGCCUGCUUCUGUCCAACAGUAGAAAAUUUCUAAGCCGAGUUGAUAUAAUUCUAGGCUGUGUAGCAUGUAUCAUUAGUAUAAUGUUAAACUGUAUUUCUGAUCGUUUACUAAUAGCAUGACAAGUUAUAGACC